AUGCUAACACAGUCAUGCAUUUUAGUGGUUAUUAUGACCAUAUUUUCUGCAGAUGUGGGGGCAGCAAAAGUGUAUUAUGUCUCAAAAACCGGUAGUGAUACACAUACUGGUCUUAGUUUAACACAACCAUGGCAAACAAUCCAGCAUGCAGCAAAUGUCGCUCCAGCCGGCUCGACUGUCUACGUGCAAAAAGGGACGUACUAUGAAACGGUGACGAUCAACGUCCAAGGCAACACUCGAGACGGUUAUAUCACAUUUCAAAACUAUCAAAACGAUAAAGUUGUCGUAUCGGGCCUGCACGCCAAACAACAGUCCCCGGACGAUUCCAUGAACAUCUUUUACAUCAGCGGUAAAAGCUAUUUGAAAAUCAUCGGCUUUGAAGUGUCAACACUGACCACGACAUACGGUUCGGGAAUCCGGGUGUUCGGACCCGGUUCCUACAUCGAACUGCGAAACAAUACCAUUCACACAAUCAAGGGCGGCUCUCAGGACGGCGGCGCAAUGGCCAUUACCAUUUACAACACCAAUCAACAACAAUCGCGAUCCCAUUUGAUUAUCGACAGUAAUACGAUCUACAACUGUGAUCCGGCAUGGAGCGAAACCCUGACCUUGAAUGGAAAUAUUGAACUGUUUCAAGUGACACGAAACCUUAUUCACGAUGUCAACAACAUCGGCAUAGAUUUUAUCGGUAUGGAGUCAUCCACAAAAUAUCAGAGAAACUUGAUGAUUCCGGACGUGGGCGGCGAAACUGGCAUGGGUAAACUGCCUGCACGCGACGGAGUGUGCGCGAACAACACCGUUUACAAUGUUCAUUCCCCGUAUGCAGUUGCAGCCGCGAUCUACGUUGAUGGCGGUCAAAACAUCACGAUCCAGUACAACGAAGUGUGGAGCUCGGACGUUGGAAUCGAAAUUGGAGCCGAAAACAAAGGCGUCGUCGUCACUCAGGUUCUAGUUCUCAACAAUUAUGUUCAUGACAAUUAUUACUGGGGCUUAGGCUUUGGCGGCUACGAUGUUAAGUAA